AUGUCCAGGGGGGCCAUUCUGUCAUAUCAGUGGCCAUUUGUCCAAGCGUGCUGGCCGAUCAACGGGGCAUCUCGCAGUGUAAUGAGCCGCCUUCCUGCGCGCAUUGGUCUGACGCGUGGAUUUAUGUCAUUCUACAUGAUAGAGGGUGAUAUAAGCCCCAACCGCAUACCUCGCGGUCCGACUGUCUGGCUGGAGGAGAAGGGCAUCUGCUGGUACCCCAUGCUCCGUGGCUCUUACGUACUCGGAGGUGAGGUGGAAUGGUCUGACAUUGACAUUCUUAACACCAUGCUUGAUCUCUUCAUCGAGAACCAACAUACUAUCGUGGUCGACGCCACUUUCACCCCAGCCGCGCUCAAGGGCAAGAUAAAGUUCGUGCCGAACAGAAAGGGCCAUGAUUUCCGAGCUGCGAAGACCGCUCCUGGCGUGGGGACCGGAGCAAACGCGGCAGGAAUCAUGUUCCUCUGA